AUGACUGUGAAAUAUGUUAACGAGCUUGUGGAAGCUCUCGUACGCCGUCGACGCGGUGUGUAUUCUAAGUUAAAAAAUAGUGGCUUAGUGUUGGUCAGUGGUGGGACAUUAGAGUGGAGAAUGCUGGAGCAUAGGUCAGAUGUAUUUAGUGUUCGGCGUCUUGGAGAACCGUUAUCACUUCUGACACUGCGUGGAACCGCCAGUCUUCACAGCGGAGUCCAGGUAAGGUUUUCACAGGUUGGAAAGGUGCUUUAUGUGGCAACUAAAGGAGGUUUUUACCAUACUUCCAGAUCAUUAGGAGAAUCAAAUAAUCUGUUUCAAUUGCUUGAAGGCGACAAAUGCUGCCGGAUGGUCAUAGAAGAAGCAUUGGGAGCAACUGAGUACUAA